AUAAGGUUUGCCUCCACGCUGGAGAAGCUCAGAGUAUACAGAUCUCGCCACAGUGAAACAUCUAGGCAACACACACUUGAACUAACAUAAACAAGAACACUUUUGGGCUCCGCGCUGUUUAAACACCGGCAUCCCCGAACAGCGCGGCGGAGGAAGAGCUUCUAUCCGCGAAACGAAUGAGAAGAACAGCAGCUCGGGACACUGAGCGAUAACUUUACGCAGUAAGUUUCUCGCGGGACGGGGAGUUUACGGAGCGAGCUCUAAACUUUGCGACUCUUCUGGCUUUUGUCUCCGAGGACACUCGCUAAACUUCGGACAGACUGUUUUUUAAACGAAAAAGUUUCGUUUAUCUUCUAUGUCUACCAAGAUGGAAACUACUUUCUACGAUGACUCUGUAAACAGCGCUUUCUCUCAGCAUGACAGCGCCGCUUUUGGAUACAACCACAAAACUCUGAAACACAACAUGACGCUGAAUCUGACCGACCCGGCCGGGAACCUGAAGCCCCACCUGAGGGCCAAAGCCAACGAGAUCCUCACCUCGCCCGACGUGGGGCUGCUCAAACUGGCCUCGCCGGAGUUGGAGAGGCUCAUCAUCCAGUCCAGCAACGGCCUGAUCACUACAACGCCGACUCCGACCCAGUUUCUGUGUCCCAAGAACGUGACCGACGAGCAGGAGGGCUUCGCGGAGGGCUUCGUGCGGGCGCUGGCCGAGCUGCACCACCAGCACAUGCCCAACGUCACCUCGGCGCCCCAAACGACCAUCAACAACAGCAUGGCACCCGUGGCAUCCAUAGCAGGCGGCGCGGUGUACAGCUCGUCCAUGCGCCCCGAUCCGCCGGUUUACGCGGACCUGAACACGUUUAACCCCGCCACCAACCCCGCGAUGAGCUUCACGAGCGCCCCGCCGCCGCAGCACAGCGUCAACGCGCCGCUGCCCGUCCAGCACCCGCGGCUCCAGGCGCUGAAAGAGGAGCCCCAGACGGUCCCGGAGAUGCCCGGCGAGACCCCGCCUCUCUCCCCCAUUGACAUGGAGAGUCAGGAGCGGAUUAAAGCCGAGAGGAAGCGCAUGAGGAACCGAAUCGCCGCAUCCAAAUGCCGGAAGAGGAAACUGGAGAGGAUCUCCCGGCUGGAGGACAAAGUCAAGAACCUAAAGUCGCAGAACUCCGAGCUCGCGUCCACCGCCAACAUGCUGCGCGAUCAGGUGGCCCAACUCAAGCAGAAAGUCAUGAACCACGUCAACAGCGGCUGCCAGCUCAUGUUGACGCAGCAGCUGCAGACCUUCUGAGAAGAACCGGAGGACAUUUGAGUUCACUUACAUGGGCGCGAGGGACAAACUGCGAGCCGGCGCGACUGCUGGCGUGUUAGCCCGCUGGGACCGGGAGCGUCCGGCCGGCCGCGUGCCGUAAAAGGAUGUUCUGACUGGACUUUAGAGGAGGGCUAAACUUCUCCGACUCGGUCCGACAGAGAGCAUGAGACUCACUCUGUUACAUGUUUUACUUUCUGACGAGAAAAGAGACUUAUCCUUGUUCACUUCGAGCAGGUUGUGCAUGGACCUGUACGCUUCAGAGGAGCGCUCAGUAUUAUAGGAGUAAAACAGGGGACAUGAGUAGGGAUAUUCAUGUCUGGCUCACCAAGCAAGAAGUUCUGUCCGAUAAACUCUUGCCUAUAAGCUGCCUGACUUCUUCUGAGUUACACAUUGUAAUUUUUUUGUUCUUAAACUGAAUGGAAUUGACUUUUUUCUUUUUUCCAAUUUCAGCCGUUUCUUUUUUUUUUCUAAAAAAAAAGUUCAUUAAUGAGGUUUCACUCAUUGUUAUUUGUAAAUAAGAUCAACCAGGAGUACUUAAGUUUACCAUUUGUAAGUAAAGUAUACAAUAUAAUUUUUUAUGUUUGUUUUCUGAGCACAUCAGAAACUAAUCAAUAUUUAUGAACUGUAAUAAAGUAUGUGAAACGAAAAACAA